AUGAACAGCUUAAAAAUCAGUCAACACUCUGAGCUGUUGAAGAUCAAGCAGCAGUACUGUGACCUAAGUGAGAAACUUAUUAAAUCAAAACCUACUGCCUAUGCCCUGGCCAAGCAGUUGCAGACAUACAAGCUGGCACAAUUAAAGAAGCUUCAGGAAAGGAGAUAUAUUUCCUUCUUACUCUUUGAGCAUCUCCAUGUACUCCUUACUUAUUGUGACCAUGAUGACCAUGAUGACUUCCAGGGGCAGUUCCUCAAGGAGCAACUAGCAGAGAGGCUCAGGCUGGCAAGUCACCUACUUAGCAGAGAGAUGCAAGUGGUAGAAGAGCAGGAUGUCACCUUGACUUCUUCAAUUCACCAUGGCCUGUCUGACUCCCACCAGCUGUCCAGAGGCACUUUGUUCUCAUCUGAGGAUCAGCAAGCCUGCUCAGCCUUGGAUGUAGCCUGCAGGGACAUCAGAGAUGGGUGUUUUGGGAGUGCAAAGGGAAAACUGGAAUUAUUCCUACUGAACCUCCUUAUCCUAUUAACUCCCACCCAGGAGGCCUGUCCUCAAGGACCUUUGAGUGGAGGGUUUAGCCACCAUGUGUCAGAGGUACAAGCUUCACACUUGUACCUGGAGCCAAAUACCAUGGUGGAGCCAAAUACCAUGGUGACCAACUCUCAGCAUCUGCAGCUGCACCCACAAUGGGAUCGUGGCUGUGGCUUAGCCAGGUGGGACCUGUCCUUCACCACCUAG